AGAUGCUCCUACCAAUAAAACCCUGGCUGGGCUGGUGGUGCAGCUGCUGCAGUUCCAGGAAGAUGCCUUUGGAAAACACGUCACCAAUCCUGCCUUCACAAAGCUUCCUGCAAAGUGCUUCAUGGAUUUCAAAGCUGGAGGUACUUUAUGUCACAUUCUUGGUGCUGCUUACAAAUACAAGAACGAGCAGGGCUGGAGGAGGUUUGACCUGCAGAAUCCGUCCCGAAUGGACCGAAACGUGGAGAUGUUCAUGAACAUUGAGAAGACACUGGUGCAGAACAAUUGUCUGAGCAGACCCACCAUCUACCUCAUCCCAGACAUGGAGCUGAAGCUGGCUAACAAACUGAAGGACAUUGUCAAACGGCACCAGGGAACAGUUACUGAAGAGAAGUCAAAGGCCACCCACCAUGUGUAUCCAAGUCCUACCUCAAUGGAUGAUGAUGAAUGGUUAAGACCUGUGAUGAAGAAAGACAAGCAGGUGCUGGUACACUGGGGCUUUUUCCCAGACAGCUAUGACACUUGGGUUCAUGCCAAUGAACUAGAUGCUGAAAUUGAGGAUCCUCCCAUUGCUGAAAAGCCAUGGAAGGUUCAUGCCAAGUGGAUUUUGGACACUGAUGUGUUCAAUGAGUGGAUGAAUGAAGAGGACUAUGAGGUGGAUGAGAACAGGAAGUCAGUCAGCUUCCGGCAGAGGAUCUCCAUGAAAAACGAGGAGCCUGUACGGAGCCCAGAGAGGAGAGACAGGAAAGCUGCAGCAAGUACAAGGAAGAGGAAACAUUCUCCUUCUCCACCCCCAACUCCUGUGGAGUCAAGAAAAAAGACAGGGAAAAAAGGCCAAGCAGCCUUAUAUGGGAAAAGGAGAGGGCAGAAAGAAGAAGAUGAGCAAGAAGAUCUUACAAAGGACAUGGAGGAUCCCACCCCAGUACCUAACAUAGAAGAAGUGGUACUGCCCAAAAAUGUGAACCCAAAGAAGGACAGUGAGAACACACCUGUGAAGGGAGGAACAGUGGCAGACCUUGAUGAGCAGGAUGAGGAGACAAUGGCAACUGGAGGAAAGGAAGAUGAAGAUCCCAACAAAGGGGAUCAGAGUCGGUCGAUCGACCCCGGUGAAGAUAACGUCACAGAGCAAACCAACCACAUCAUCAUUCCCAGCUAUGCAUCCUGGUUUGACUACAACUGCAUUCACGUGAUUGAACGUCGUGCUCUGCCGGAGUUCUUCAAUGGGAAAAACAAGUCCAAGACUCCAGAAAUAUACCUGGCUUACCGCAACUUCAUGAUCGACACCUACCGCCUCAACCCCCAGGAGUACCUCACCAGCACUGCCUGCAGGAGGAACCUCACUGGAGAUGUCUGUGCUGUCAUGAGGGUCCAUGCUUUUCUGGAGCAGUGGGGGCUCAUUAACUACCAGGUGGAUCCAGAAAGUCGUCCCAUGGCCAUGGGCCCUCCCCCAACCCCUCACUUCAACGUGCUGGCUGACACCCCCUCAGGACUCAUGCCUCUCCAUAUCCGUACUCCCCAGGUUCCAGCUGCUCAGCAGAUGUUGAGUUUCCCUGAGAAAAACAAAGAGAAGCCAACAGACCUGCAGAACUUUGGACUUCGCACAGACAUUUACUCCAAGAAGACUUUAGCAAAGAGUAAAGGUGCAAGUGCUGGCAGAGAAUGGACAGAACAAGAGACACUACUGCUGUUAGAAGCCCUGGAGAUGUACAAGGAUGACUGGAACAAAGUCUCGGAGCACGUGGGGAGCCGGACCCAGGAUGAGUGCAUCCUCCACUUCCUGAGGCUGCCCAUCGAAGACCCCUACCUGGAGAACUCAGAUGCCUCCCUGGGCCCCCUGGCCUACCAACCUGUGCCCUUCAGCCAGUCUGGCAACCCUGUGAUGAGCACUGUGGCUUUCCUGGCAUCGGUGGUGGACCCCCGGGUGGCAUCAGCUGCAGCUAAGGCAGCCCUGGAGGAGUUUUCUCGAGUCAGAGAGGAGGUGCCCCUGGAGCUCGUUGAAGCUCAUGUCAAGAAAGUCCAAGAAGCAGCAAGAGCCUCUGGGAAGGUGGAUCCAACCUAUGGGCUGGAGAGCAGCUGUAUUGCUGGAACUGGUCCAGAUGAGCCAGAGAAAAUGGAUGGAGCUGAAGAAGAAAAGAUGGAAACUGAGACAGAUGGGCAGCAGCCUGAGAAGGUUGAGAACAAAGUGGAGAGUGAAAUUGAGGAAGGAGAUAAAGCACAAGAAGGAGAAAAUGAGAGAAACUCAGAGAAGGAACCAGAGAGCGAAGCUCCUGCAGACCCCAAGCCAGAAGAGAAGGAGGCAGAAGAGAACAAGGAGAACGUUGAUGCCAGCAAGGACAAAGAGAGUGAGGCUGGGAAGAAGAAAGUGGAACAUGAAAUCUCGGAAGGAAAUGUAGCUACAGCUGCAGCUGCUGCCCUUGCCUCAGCUGCCACCAAAGCAAAGCACCUAGCAGCAGUGGAAGAGAGGAAGAUCAAGUCCCUGGUUGCCCUUUUGGUGGAGACACAGAUGAAGAAGCUGGAGAUCAAACUUCGCCAUUUUGAGGAGCUGGAAACCAUCAUGGACAGAGAGAAGGAGGCGCUGGAGCAGCAGAGGCAGCAGCUGCUGACAGAACGUCAGAACUUCCACAUGGAGCAGCUGAAGUAUGCUGAGCUAAGAGCUCGCCAGCAAAUGGAGCAGCAGCACAGCCAAACCCCACAGCAGUCCCACCAGCACUCCAGUGGGCCUGGGAUGAACCCCCUUGGGGCACCAGCACACCCAGGCCUAUUGCCCCACCAGCAGCCCCCACCCUACCCCAUGAUGCACCACCAGAUGCCACCACCUCACCCACCACAGCCAGGUCAGAUGCCAGGCCCUGGGUCGAUGAUACCUGGACAGCCCAUGCCAGGCAGGAUGAUGCCAGCCAACAUCCAUCCUGCUGGUGGUGGUCCCCCUCCACCUGGCAUGUCACCCAUGUCAGGAAAUCUGAUUGGACCUCGUGUUCCUCUGGCAGCUCCAAAUGGCAUGUAUCCCCCUCCUGCACAGCCACCUCCACCAGCAGAAGGGGUGACCCCACCUCCAGCUGGAGCUCCACCAGCUUCAGCUGCUCCCUAAGCAGUCAAGGAAGAAGAAGGAACUUCUACAGCAACAUAGUGGUGACCAAAAAUGAAUUCCUUAGUUCCCUUCUGUUCCCCUGGGAGGUCUUUUUCACCUCCCCUUGUCCUGCCCCAGCUGUGGAUGUGCAGCCACACAGAGCACAUCUGUAGAGUGUCCUCUCCCCACCACUCCCAACCUUGG